UGCCCUGUAAACUUUCAAGUUGAGCACACCCAAGCUCAAAAUAAUACAGGUACGGAUCCUUCUGGGUCCUUAAUAAAGGCUGGAGUCUGAAGGCUUCCUUCCUGGUUGUCAUGGCAACAACAAGAGCUGCCGGCCCUCUCUUAGCAUAAACCAACAGCAAGUGCAAGACCACACAUUCCACACAGACUUGAAGUUUUACCCAGCUGUAGGGCCAGAGUGGAGCCUCAAUGGUCAGACCAAGCUUCCAAGGGAAAAAGGGAAGCACCAUAGUUUUAACUCCCUAAAAGUGGUUGGCAUUGGCUUGAUUCACCGAAUGAAAGACAACCCAACAAAUGAGUGUCAUUGUAUUAUCUUUGAAAAAGAUGGCUCUGCCCUUUGGUCAACACCUCCUUCUAAUGAGCUUCUUUGGCUUUUUUGCAUACAGCAGUUUUGUCAGAGGUGAAAAGAACAACACACUGAUUUUCACCAAGGAAAACACCAUUCGAAAUUGCAGCUGCUCUGCUGAUAUACGGGAUUGUGAUUACAAUUUGGCCAAUCUGAUGUGCACUUGUAAAACUGUUUUACCCUAUACAAUAGAGCAAGCCAGCUAUGACAGUGAUCUGACUAUUUGGUUCACAGACAUUACUGCACUGGGCUUCCUACUGAACUUUACAUUGGUUAGGGAUCUGAAACUUUCUUUAUGUAGCACUACUAUUCUCCCAACAGAAUAUCUGACUAUUUGGGGACUGAAGAGACUUCGAAUCAACACAGAAGUCAAGGAUCAGUUCCCAGAACAAAGCUUACUGAUACACACCAGUGAUGACAGUGAUUUUAAGGAAGAUAAGCCUAAACUGCCCACAGACAGGCAAACAUUUUUAUACGUGUCAUUCUUGGAUACAGCUCUUUUCAAUGGGGAAUCUUCUUUGAAAUCAUACAGCAUUGAAAAUGUUGUUAGUAUCACAAACAACUUCCCUUACCUUUCUUACUUCAAAAUGUUUUCCAUCCCAAGCAACAAAAGCUAUAUUGUUACAUUCAUUUAUUGAUAUUGUAUUGUGAUCAUUUUCAAUGCAUAUGUUAACAAAAUAUGGUUAAUUUGUACAACGUAUAUCUUUAAAGAAUUUGUAUCCUUGUAAAUACCAAUUUACAACUAGCUUCUUCCUUCCCUGCCAAGCCACUGAUAUUUCCUCCAACCCAUAUUACCAUUAGACUUCUGGGGAACCAUAAGAUCAUAGAUCUAGAGCUGAGAAUUACUUCAUAAGCUAUCUAGUCCAAAUUCUUCAUUUUAUAGAAGAGGAAAAUGAAACCUAGAGAGAUUAAGUAACUUGUCCAAACUCACACCAGA